UCCGGAGCAGCUUCGCCUGGGGACAGGGCGGACGACGGUAGCAUCGGGGACAAGGACACCUGCUCCCCGCCCCUCCCGGGGCGCGUACUGCAGACCAUGGGAAAUGGCAUGAGCAAGAUCCUCCCCGGCCUUUACCUGGGAAACUUCAUCGAUGCCAAAGACCUGGAGCAGCUCAGCCGGAACAAGAUUACCCACAUUGUUUCCAUCCAUGAAUCCCCCCAGCCCUUGCUGCAGGACAUCACCUACCUCCGUAUUCCCCUGCCAGACACACCAGAGGCCAACAUCAAGAAGCACUUCAAGGAAUGCAUCAGUUUUAUCCACCAGUGUCGCCUGCAUGGAGGGAACUGCCUCGUCCACUGCCUGGCCGGGAUCUCCCGCAGCACCACCGUCGUCGUCGCCUACGUCAUGGCCGUGACGGAGCUGAGCUCUCAGGAGGUGCUCGAGGCCAUCAGAAGCGUGCGACCCGUCGCCAACCCCAACCCUGGCUUCAGGCAGCAGCUGGAGGAGUUUGGCAGCAGCGCAGCCCGCAAGAUCCGCAGGCACCUGAGGCAGAGGUACGGGUCAUCCCCUUUCAAUGACGAGGAAGAAAUCAAGGCCCUGCUGCCGGUGGGGAGAGGAGCACCCAGAGCAGAGGGAGCUCGGCAAGGACUGGUACCGAGAGCCAGGGACAUGAAGAGCACCGCUCCCUUUCUGCUGCGGGUGAAGAGGACGUUCUCCUGCAUCCCGGCUUGUCUGAAGUGAUGGCAGCCAGGGAGGGAGAGCAGCAGAAAUCACCUAAUAACAGCCUGGUAAAAACUAAGCUGCAGCAGCGCUGGCCUGGAGGGGAAGCGCUGCGCUGCAGAGCCACCCACAAGCACAGCUCCUUCUCCUCUCCGGGUUCAAGCGUGCCAUCUUCUGUCCUGGCUUUCAGCUAUCGGGGGAGGGAUUCAUUUGCACUGCUGCGCUCUGCAGAGCACUGCGGGGGUCAGCCCCUUCGUGCCUGGUGUGGGAGGACAUCUGGUGAAAGCAGAUGACGGUCCCCAGCUCACCAUGGGCUCCGGGCAGAGCCACAGACAGGGCUUCUCAGCCACCAGGUGAUGCUGGCAGCAGCUUUAGCACUUCAGUACCAGCUGCAUGGGCCUCAGGGGCGCACACGGGGUGCAAGGAGAGCUUGCUGACCCCUUGGGGCAGAUUUCCCACCAGCAGCAGCAGCAGCAUCAAGCUUCCAGAGCCGAGGUGGCUGCGGGGCAGGGGGCACGCGGGUGCCCCCGGCGCUCCGGGCCAACCAAGCACAAGCCCCGAGCAAGCAGCGCAGCUUUAGGAGUUCAUCGCAGCCCAUUCCCACCGGUACCAGGGCACAAUCUUCAAAGGGUGGGAAAUAAAUGUUUAACCUAGCCAGACCUCACUAAAGCGGAGCCUUAAGCCAUUUUGCUUAAAGACUUUCUAUGUCCUCGUGGUAAUAAACGUUUCUUCUCUGCA